AUGUUUUUUUACAAAAACACGUUAAGCCUAUUUUGUUUACCACUCCGCUUCAUUCGCCCAUAAAUUUUCACCCAUUCCUUUUUUAUGUAUUACACAUUUACACCUUUGUAUAACCCACAUGAACAAUAAAUUCGUCUAUACGCCGCAUAUAAAAUAAUAAUUUACAAGGCUUCUAUAGCGUCGUGGUUUUUGCGUACCUAUAACGCUAUACAUUUAUUAUGUGGCCAAAUGCCAAUACCUAACCAUAAAUAAAUAUUAUUCUUCUCUAAUUUAGGUACCACUUUAUCUUGCCCGGCAGACCAGUAGCCCGACAGUUGAUGUCUGGACGGAAGAGGAAAAGCUCCAAUUGGCCGAAGCCAUCGACAUGUAUGGCAUAUAUAACCCGGCUCGGAUCGCCACACGCGUGCCCACCAAAAAGUUCAAACAGGUGCAAUUCAAGUUGCGCCAGCUCGGGAUGGAAUGCCGGAGGGAGGCCCAGUGCGCGGACAUGAAAGUCAUGCGGUUCGUCAAUCUCAAUGAGAUGAACGACUUGUUCCUGGCCGGCGGCACCAAGCCUAAGGACGUGAUGGUCAAGUGGAUGGAGUACCUGGAGACGUUCUACAACAAGCAACCGUCCCAGUACGACAAGUUCAAACUUUUUUCCAGCGCGUUUCUGAUCAUGUCUGAGUGUACGCCGCCUCCGAAGACGGUCCCGGACGCCUCAAACAACGUUAUAGACUUCAGGAAGGUUUAUUAUUUCCUGUACCGUGUUUUCAACAACUAUUACGUGGGGAAAAAUCACAAAGACAACAAGAUAACGAACUACCUGCACGAAAUGUUCUUGCGCGUGUUGGCGGACAUUGAUUACUCAUCUGACGAAGAGAAAAUCGCCAUGUACAACAUAGUGUCCAACUGGACCAGUGUCAACAGGGAUAAGUCGCUGAAAGUGUACGGGAAACCGACUGGAUCCGAAAAGGAACAAGCACCAGUAUUGGUAAGCGAUGUAUGCGAGUUGCUUUUUUCUUGGCUGUAAGUACUGUGGUGUUGUGCUGUAGGUCGUAAUGCAGAACGACGUCUGCAGCAAUUAAGUUUUUUAAUAGUUUUCUUUUCGCAAACAUUUGCGGACCGCCGAGUCGUAAAAUAUGAAAUAAUUGAAAUCUUUACACGCUACAUCAGACCCUGAUUCAUCUAAC